AUGUGGAAGAACUCCAUCCAGGCUGAAGACUAUCGAAGUGACCUGCAAGGGAUUAGAGCCGUGUCGAUCGUUGCCGUACUCGGAUUUCAUUUCUACGCGGAACAUUUUCCCAAUGGAUAUGUGGGAGUCGAUCAAUUUUUCGUCCUAUCAGGUUUCCUGAUGUCCAUGAUGUUGGAACGGAAAAAACGCCUUGGAUUUCAAGAAAUCACGCAGUUCUACUACCGUCGAGUACGGCGCAUUCUGCCUUCGUAUUUACUGGUUAUUCUGCUCUCCCUCAUAGCUUCUCGUCUUAUUCUUUCACGGUACUUACAAGCCAGCAACUGGGAAUCGGCCUUUUAUGCGCUAACGUUCACUACGAAUAUCAAAGCCGCUGACAGCAUUAGAAACUACUUAAGGAUGGUAAGUCUAGCAAGCCCAAAACCUGAAUUGCCUCAUUACAUCUUUCUAAAACAUUUCAAUAACUAA